AUGGAAGACUCCACUCCCAUGUUUAUGGUUAUAGGCAAAUACUAUAUAACCUUAGAAAAAAUCAGUGUGGGAGACAAGUUUCUUGACAUCAAUUCAAGCAUAUUCAAAAGGGUCAAUUACGAAGGUGGAAUGCUUGUUGAUAGCGGAACCACUUCAACUUAUUUGCCUGAUAUUGCAUUCAAUAAAUUGAAGGAGGAAAUAAGAUUUGUGAUUGGUACAACAUUAAAAGAGCAUAUAAGCUCAAGACAAGGUGAGCUUUGUUACCGUGGAACUGUCAAUCAAGAUCUUAAAUUUUUUCCGACCAUAGCAUUUCAUUUUGUUGAAAAUGCUAUAUUGAAGUUUGAUCCUCAAAAUUUAUUUCGACAAGAUGAAACUGACUAUUUCUGCUUGUCUGUACAAAGUACGGAUAGUGACUGGCUCUCUCAGAAACUCCCUUUUAGCAUAUUAGGUGUUUGGGCACAACAAUUUUAUUAUAUCGCCUUUGAUAUUAAUAUGAUGAGGAUGUCCUUCACUAAGAUAGAUUGUGACAUCCUGUAUGAUUGA